AUGCAGUUCUCCACCCUCAAGUUCGCCGUUGCCGCGCUGGCAAUCUGCAGCAACACUGUCCUCGGACAAACUACUCCGUCCCAAGUUGUUGGCAAUAUCAACAUGAUCACCCAGAAGUCUCAGGCCCUUCAAGCGCCUGCUCAGUCAAUUACGGUCGUCAAUGGGCCGCUGAUCAUAGUGGGCCAGGGUCCUUUCCCGGAAAUUAUCAGAGGUUUUGUCGAUAUCGUCAGCACGGCGACUACGUCUCUUUCGCAGAUGCAGGGCAUGGCCCCCGUUCCCGCUGGCCCCGACGCUGAUGCAAUCGCCGACGCCUUUCGCGGUUUUGUCCGCGUUCACCAAGAGCUCCUCAACAUCCUUAUUGGGAAGGCCGGAUUAUUCGAAACUAUCCCCUUCGUCGGACAGCCCAUCGCAGCGGUUCUGCGUCAGAUCGAGGCCAUCGUCGAUACUCUUGCCUUCACUCUCAUUGACACUGUGUCAAGCCAGGCUUCCCAGAUUCAGUCCAGUGGUGAAAGCCUUAGCCGCACUGUUGAAACCGCGAUCAACAGCUACGAGGGAAUCGACCUGAACUGA